UCUUCCGGAUUGGUUCCUGUUUAGAUUACAGCAACGUUGAAAGGUUAAAAAUGGAUAGCUAGCUGCCAAAUUAUUAUUAGUAGACUCCGUUUUCUUUACGUAUUUACCUGCUAGAGCAAUAUCAGUCAGAUUAUAAUUGCCUGUCUCAUGACUUUGUGCACGUGUCGGCAUGGACAACCGUUGUUAUUGUUGUGCAUCAAAGUUCAGUCUCUUCAAGAAGGAGCUGGGCUGUAAGGGCUGCGGCCGCUCCUUCUGCUCCAGCUGUUUGACUUUCAGUGCUGUGGUGCCUCGCUGUGGCAACACCCAGCAGAAGGUCUGCAAACAGUGCCAUGGUAAUCUGACAAGUGGAGAAUCCUCAAACAGUGCUGGAAGAUGGUCUCCCCCUGAAAAUUACAAAAAACGAGUCGCUGCAUUUGAGGCCAAGCAACAGCAACAGGCGGCAAAACCUCUUCCACAAGGAAACAAUAGAAGCAGUAAGGCAGGCCAUCUACCAACCAAAGGCCUGAGUAAAGAAGAUCAGGCUAUCGUUGAGAGACUUCAAAAGCUGAAGGAGGACACCACACCAAAGUCCGUCCCCUCUGAAAAAGAGCUUGAGUCUCGCCUUGCUGCUCUGAAAGUUCCCAGCCAGCCAGUGCCUUCUGCAGCAGAGAUGGAGGACCGCCUGGCAGCUCUACGGGGUCAGAAUCCACCAUCUCAAGCUCCUCCACCUGUACACCGGCCUCCUGAUAACCGCACUCAGACAGAACAAGCCAAUGAUCUGAUUACUCAGAUGACAGAGGAAGUCGCCAUAGACGACCAGCAAUCAAAUCCUGAAUGCAGUGCAGAUAGCGCUAUGAAUGAUCUCAACAAGGGCGAGGGAGGGGCAUGGGAUGAGAAUUUGGAGGAGAACCAGGAAGUGGACAAGCAGCUGGAAGCUGAGAAGGCCCGUGUCCUGGAGGAGGCUAUGGAGGAGCUGAGGAAGGAGCACCAUACUCAAGAUCAGAUCCUCCAAAUGGCCAAGAGGAUGGCGCGGCUGAAGGGGCAGGACCCAGACAAAGUUACUAUGGAGGACUUUCAGCACCCUGACAGUGAAGAGGAGACUGAGGAAGAGGCUGUGAUGAGAGUGCUAAAACAGCUCUCUGAAGAAGCUGCACUGGAUGAGGCCAGUGGCUACAACAUACCUUUAGAACAAAGUGGACCAAAGAACACAGAAAAGAAAAAAGCUUCAAAGAAACCGACCCAGGCUCCAGCCCCCAAGAGUAGGAUUCCACCCGCCGCUGUCGCACAUCAGCCAUCAGACAGUGAUGAGGAGGAGCUACCAUGGUGCUGCAUCUGUAACCACGACGCCACCCUUCGCUGUCAUACUUGUGAUGGAGACCUAUACUGCAACCGCUGCUUCAGGGAAGGCCAUGAUAAAUAUGACAGGAAGGAGCAUCGCACCAGUAACUACACCGCGCCGAAGAAGAAGAGGAAGACAUGAUAGGGAGACAGUGCAGCAGGUGUUUGCCUUAUCAGGCUCUGGUCAGUCAUCACUGUUAGACUUGUGCUUUAGACUUAAGUGACCUAUUAAUUGUUACACAAACAGUGUCUCACAGGAUUGAACACUACUCAUCAUCUAAAACAAGCCAUGACACAUUGUUUUAACACCAGUUUAUUAGGGCUGUGCCGAAUGUAAUUUCUAAAAUUUACAUUCAAAGCUUGUAUUGGGGUUUUUGAAUGAAGCUUCGAAUGUCCGUCACCAUAUUUCAUGAUGAUAUCAACCUCAAAAAACAACUCUUAAACAACCUCAAUUUUAAUGCAGUGAUCCAAUGGAUUAAAUGAGUUAACUUCCUCUGAUGAAUUUAAUUCGUCAGUUUUGUCUGAUUGCAGCAAGUGGGUGAGCAGACUGUUUUUUGACCACAGUGUAAAUGCUGUUUUUGAAAGGCUAAAGUUUGACAAAUAUGGAUUGAGGCAGAGUAUUUUGUGAGAUGAAAACAUGUUUUUGUUGUUGUUGGGAAUUGACCUUUGGACUCUGCAGCACUCUGGAGUUACUGGAAAAUUUUGGAUCACACAAGUUGGAAACCUUGUGUGCAGCCACCACUGGAAGCUAAUCUUACAGACGUAAUAUGAGUGUAGCCUCAUCUAUAUCCACAACUGUGCAAGAAUACCGCAUUUAAAUGGAAUGAAUAGACAUGCAGAAAAAAAUGGCUGUGCACUAUUCAAAUGCUGACUAAGAAUUCAAAUUUCAACAAUAUGAAUGAAGCUUCGAACUAUUCGGUGCAGCUCUAAUACUUAUCCAGUAUGCCCAAAGUGGCUUUACACAUGCAUCUGUGUAGACCACAGGAGGAGCAGCAUCUGCUUUCUGUAAUAGCUAACGGAGAUCUAGAUUAACUAAACAAAUAAGAUAUAAUAGCAGAUUUAUGGCAAAGCUAAGAGAAGACAUAGACAUACACUCUAAUGUAAAUGUAAUGCAAUAUGUAUGAUAUGAAAACUCCUAACUUAACUUCUGAAUGACCCUGUUGGGGAUCAAUAAUUAGCUUUUAGGUAAGUGAAUCUUGCAGAUGCUGCUUGACAUUGUUGGUAUUUUAGCAAAACUGCAGUGCUUCUGCAUACAAAAAAGUUUUAAAGUGUCGAACCGAAUAAGAAGCUUGAAGUGUUUUUCUUAUGUCGGUCGUCCUACUUCCGAAAGGCAACAAAGGCUCAUUUUAGAUGCACUUUGCACUUCUCACCAUUUGAUUAUUUAAAAAAAAAAUGACAGCACAGACAGAAAGCAGCCACAUCGUGAGCUCAUCUGGGAAGAUGUACAGUCCCAGACUACUGUCAGCUCUGGACUGAGGAAGUACAGAGGAGUCAGUAUAAAAGGAUUACUGAGGGCUUUGUUUGCUUUUGGCAGGCGCUGCAGUCACUCUUGUAAUCUAUGUUUGGCUGCAAGUGUGACAUGAGCGUUGCCUUUCUUGUCCUUGUGUGUAAUUCUAUUAUAAAGGAUGCAAAAGUGUGAGGCGCUGUGUCACUUCAUCUCUUUAGGUAUAUUUUUAACACUGAAGCCUUUUUUUUCCAACCACUGAUAUCAUCACUUGAUAAAAUUGUCCUAGGUUGGCAGGCCUUGUCAGAAGUGUAGUCUUAACAGUAUGGAUGGCCUCUGUGUCAGAGAGUGGAAGUGGGGGGAUGAACCAAGCAAAUUACUAUAAUGUAGCCCUCAGCCGAAAGACCCUCCGUGUAUGACAGAGAGAAGGCCAGAGUGCAGUUUCAUCAGUGUGCAUUACUGUCAAGCUAACUGAGGAGAAACCAUAAUUACACUUUCCUCUGGGGGCUUGCUCCAUUAAGGUUUGCAUGGAGGCCGUUACUGUGUUUCCCUUGUCUGGCCAUGUCAUACACGCACCACAGACAGGAAAUGGACUAGGAUAAUGGAUCCAUACUUAAUGGACCUUCCUGCUGCUGAUUUCACUGUGUUUACUCCUAGACUUGACAUGUCAACGUCUCCUUUGUUUCCAUCACUGUGUUGAAAGAUUUACGCCAGAAAACAGAAGCUUAUAUUCUGGGAAUGAGAAAAGUCUCACAGUUGUCUCCGGACAGUAGGACAGAAUCAUUCUUUGUCUUUUAAAGCAGUAAUAAAGAGCAA